GUUUAAAAUUUCUGAUAGAAAUUGUAGCAUUAUAAAGCAUUUCAGAUGUAUAGUAUUUACAGGAACGCAUGAAUAACCUCGAUGCACUAACAUGCGCCAACUAAGGCCAGUUUUAGAAACUCGAAAUGGCCGUUGUGCUAGCUAGCGAUCACUAGCUAGCCCCAGCGAGGUUGAGGGGGAGCUUAAAAUAAACUUACACGAAUAAAUAGAUUAUCAUUAUUUUUUCUUUAAACUAUAGGGGUCCGGCAUAAAGUUAUUAGUCAGUUUUUGCAUCCAUGAAUCGAACAUUUUGAUUGUAUUACAGCUAACGAAUUGCUCUAUUUUAUUUGCUAACAUCAACUGGCUUGAUAAGUAAACUGAAUUGGAUGCAUACUAUUUAUGUAAAAUAGUUUCGUCUUAAAACGAUCAAAGUUUUAACAAACUGAUAAACACUACUUACUUCCCGUCACUUCACAACUCUAAAACGUCAGUGAUUUGGUGUGUUUAUAUGCCCGAUAGGUAUUUUUCAGUUUUGCUUAGCUCUCAAAAUCGUUGGCACGCCUGACAGCGAAUAUGAAUACGUCGUUUACAAUGUUCCGCAUAAUCAAACGUAUCGUAGUCGUCAGGGAUCGUACAUUUAUUUCGUUUAAACGGAAAACACUUCGAAAUGAGAGCAGUCAUCCGUAAGGAUCAGUAUCUCUCCGUUUGGAUCUGGGGGAUCGAGGGGCCGCCUGGACGAUCGGGUCCUGCGCGCGCUCAGUAACGCUAAUGAGAGUCCUGGGUGAUAUUGUGAAAAUAAUCAAAAAUUGUGAAAUCAGCUAGCUAAUCAAGGCCUCUCAAGCUUCUCUGUUAGGAAAUGAAACCUAGACAGUUAGGUGACUGCGGGAGGCCUGAUGUAGACCUGGUUUCCAUGUGCGCGAGGACACCUUGCAAGAUAAGGUCAUGGUGCAGAGACUUUAGUUCAGUGUAGUCAUGAAGGUGUAGUACUCUGGUCAGAAGUCCAUAUUUGUAGCUUUCUGUUUACUCUGCUGCCGUGCCAGUCUUGGCUGCAGCUUCCUCUCCACACGCCUGGCAUGGGGGACAUGAAGACUCCAGAUUUUGAUGACCUGCUGGCAGCAUUUGACAUUCCAGAUAUCGAUGCUAAAGAAGCCAUCCAGUCUGCCCCCGAGGAAAUGGAAGGACACCAGGUCCUUGGGAAGACGGGGGACACUGGUGCCCCCUCUCUGAGACCUCCAAGCCCCUUGGAUCCCCAGGGUCUCCCUCCUUCCGGCCAGGGUGACACCUCUAUUGUAAGCGUCAUCGUGAAAAACCGAGUGCGCUCUGACAGCAGCGGAGGGGCAGAGCUGGAGCACAGCAAGGAGAGCCUGGCUAACAGCCCUGGCGCUGGGGCCAGCGGAGCGGCUGGGGCUGGGGGCAGGACUGAGGCUGGGGGGGUCCUCAUGGGCUCCCGGCUGGGCCCCAGAAUGCCAGGCUUGGUACUGUCUCAGCCUCCCAGCCACAACAGCUUUGGAACCACAGCCAUGUCGCAGAGUCAGUCCAAUGGGGAAAUCUGGCCUCCGUGCUCCCCAAAAACAGCCUCCGAGGGGGGGGCCUUGGGUGUGCGAACAGCUAGGCGGGAUAGCAAUGUUUUGGACAGGCCAAAACCCUUGAUGAGUCCGGGAGAUCCCUUAGGAAAAGGGAGUAAAAUAGGGCUUUUACAGCAGGAGUCCAGCCCCCUGGGAGCAGAUCCAGGCAAAGCCCCUGGCUCCUUUGCCGCCUCCCCCUUUGCUGCUUCUGCCCCCCACGUGUCGGGAGUGUCCCCGGGACUGUCGUCCUCUUUCUUUACCCCUUCGAAGCCGAUGCCCCAAGCCUCCUCCAGUCCAUCUUCUCUCCCUGCUAGUCUUCACCUCUCCCACCCUGCGAUGUACCCUUCACCUCCGCUGCGUGCUUCUCAGGGCCUUAAUGGCACACAGCAGUCUGCCUCUGCGGUUUUUCGCCGCUUGGAGUCAGAUGAGGAGGACUCGGAGCCAGACUUUGGGAGUCCGCUUGUGAUUCAAGAAAGCAUCGAGUCCCCAGUAUGUUCUCCACCCAAACUGUCUCAUUAUCAUCGGUCUCCUCCUAAGGUCCUCCUUUCCACUUCUCCCCGUCUAGUUCCACCAGUGCCUACUUCAAACAAAGUAGGUGUUAUGCCGGGCCCUGGGUCGCCGUCCCCUCCUCCUUUUCCUCCAGCUCCCUCCUUACCUGCAGCCAGUAGUCCUGGCCAGGAAGACAGGAAUCCUGAACAUGUCAAAGAGGAGCGGGAUUCUCCUGAAAGCCCUGAGCCAGAAACCCCCAACAGCACAGCUCCCACAUGCUCUCAGCCAGCUGCUCCGACUCUCAAAGGUGACUCUGGCCCAGGUUCAUCUUCGGAAGGUAAGAACAGGGACAGAGAAUCGCUCAGUAUCAAAAAGGAGGAAGACGGGGAGCUCGAGGAAGGCAAAGCGGACGGAUCAGCUGAGGACAAGACCUGCGUAGGAGAUCUUGGAGGGGAGGUCACCAAAAAGGAGGUGGUUAAAAUGGAGGUGCAGGAUCAGGCGGAGGUCGCUGCUGUUCUUGGUAGACCCUUGGUGGAAGGGAGCACUCUCCUUUCCCGGCCCCUGAAAGUGCGCAUCAAGACCAUAAAGACCUCCAGCGGCGGCAUCACCAGGACUGUCACCCGAGUGGCAGCCAAAGGUGCCCCGCAGUCUGGCAGAGGCCAGGCAGCGGGUCGGGCAGUGGCCACUAGACAGAGGAAAGCCGACGUAGACGGCUCCCAACCGAUACCAGCAAAGAGCUCCCUGCUGCCGGUGUCCACCCUGCAGGAUGCCAGCAGCGCCAUGCUCGUGGCAGCCAGCAAGGCUCAGACCAAGUUGGCGACCGUCGCAUCCGAGAGGGCCAAGGCGUCUGGGGCAAAAGCCGCCAUUUCCUGUACGUCUGGCACAGCCACCCCCUCCAAAUUCACCAUGGGCAUCGGUGGGGUUGCGGUCCGCCCCACGGCGCAGAAGGCUGUGAAUGGCGCUGCCGCUCCAGCUGGUGGCCAGCAGAUGUCCAAGCCGGCCUCCAUCGUGAGUGGCACCGGCACUGUUAUCUCGCGCAGCCAGUCAAGCUUAGUGGAAGCUUUUAACAAGAUCCUGAACAGCAAGAAUCUGCUGCCCAGCUACCGGCCGGACCUGUCCUCCCCGCCGCCUGCCGAGUGGAGCCUGCCACUGCCCUCCAGCGGCUACCGCUGCCUGGAAUGUGGUGAUGCCUUUGCCCUCGAGCGCAGCCUGGCACGCCACUACGACCGGCGCUCCUUACGCAUUGAGGUCACCUGCAACCAUUGCGCCAAGCGGCUGGCCUUCUUCAACAAGUGCAGCUUGCUGCUGCAUGCACGUGAGCACAAAGAGAGCGGUCUGGUCAUGCAGUGCUCCCACCUGCUUAUGAGGCCCAUCCCCAUCGAGCAGAUGGUGGGUCAGCAGGACACCACACCCAUUGGUGUACUCUCUCCGGUGGCCCCAUCGACGGCUGGAGCUGCUGGCUCCAUCGUCCCCAGCACAUUGAAGGAGGGGCCUGCCACCCAGCCCAAUCCUCCCCGGCGAGCCCCUGAGGGCCCUCUGGCCCCCCUGCCGUUGCCCUGCCCCAAGGCGGAGCCCCUACAAUAUCACGGCUUUAAGUGUCCCGAGUGCCACAGCCAGUUCGCCGGAGCUGCAGAGCUCGCUGCCCAUUUCCAGGAGGUCAAGGCGGAGUCCAGCACCACCUGCACGCUGUGCUCCCCAGCCAUGAUGCUGCCUAACGGCUGCAGCGCCGCCGCCCACCAGCGCAUCCACAAGCACCGCGCACCGCACGUCUGCCCCGAGUGCGGGGGCUCCGCCCGCCAGGCCAGCUUCCAGACCCACCUGGACGAGGCCUGCAUGCACUUUGCCCGCCGCAUCGGCUACAGGUGCUCCAGCUGCCUCAUUGUGUUUGGGGGCCUGAACUCCAUCAAGACGCACAUACAGGUCGCCCACUGCGAGGUCUUCCACAAGUGUCCCAACUGCCCCAUGGCCUUCAAGUCCUCCGCUGGAGCUAGUAGCCAUAUUAGCUCCCAGCACCCUUCUCUGGGCAGCUUGCAGGCCAAGAUGAUCUACAAGUGUGUGAUGUGUGACACAGUUUUUACCCAGAAACCUCUGCUCUACGUGCAUUUUGACACACAUCUGGCUAAGCAGAAAGUGCACGUCUUCAAGUGCCCCGAUUGUACCAAACUUUAUGCUCAGAAAAGUUCCAUGAUGGAGCACAUAAAGACGACCCACAGAGGCUUGUCCGUGAAACAGGAGGCCCCAGCCUCCUCUGUGCCCCCCACCACCAAUCCUGAGAGCUCUGACGGAGAGGACUGGGCUGGGGACCCAGAGGACGGCGAGGAGGAGGGUAUGGAUGGGGAGGCAGGCGAGCAGGGCCCUGAUGAGGCCCCCAGCUCCCCGGAAGCGGGUCUGGGGCCCUCGGCUCAGAGCGCAUCUUUGGAGUGGACAUGCACACAGUGUGGAGCGCACUGUGCAGAGCGGGAGGACUACGUGAGCCACAUGCGGAAGGAGCACGGCAAGGCCAUGAAGAAGUUCCCAUGUCGCAUGUGCGAGCGCUCCUUCUGCUCUGCCCCCAGCCUGCGGCGCCACGUGCGAGUCAACCAUGAGGGCAUCAAGAGGGUCUUCCACUGCCAGUACUGCACUGAGGGCAAGCGGACUUUCAGCAGCCGGGUCAUUCUGGAGAACCACAUCCGGGUCCGGCAUGGUGUCCGGAGCAGGAAUGACCAGAGACCAGAAUUAUCCCGAAAGCGCCUGGCCCCAGGUGCCUCUACGGCGGAGGCCAAUGGCAAUUCCUCUGAACAGGAGGCUGAACUGGCCCGGAUGGGGGAGGAGACGGAAGCAUCACGGAGCGCAGGUGGCGGUGAGGAGGACAGCGGGGAAGACGGCAGGCCAGUGAAGCGGCUCCGGGGCCCGGAGGAGGUCCCCAGCGACGGGCGCUUCCAUUGUGUGCCGUGUGGCUUCUCCACAGAGGACCAGCACGAGUUUCAGCAGCACAUCCCGCAGCACCGCACGGAAGCUGGGGCCCAGUGCUCCCAGUGUGGCGCCUGCUUCGCCUCAGCCAGCUCAUUGAGCCGGCACUGCUUCAUCAGUCACCGUGUGCGCACUGCCCCGGGCCCCGGGGACCGCAGCCCCUCCCCCUCGGGGCAGGAUGAGGACAGUGAGGGCAACCUUGGCUGCAGGGUGUGCGGCCGGCACUUCGAUAAGGCUUCUGACCUGAACACGCACUUCCGCACGCAUGGCAUGGCCUUCAUCGCCGCUCACAAGACUGACAAGCUAGUAUAGGGCCACAAGGGGGUGCUGUCAGACCUCUUGGUACAGGUGGUGUGAGAGUGCACUACAUGUGCGUUCAUCUCCAUCUCAGGUCAUUUGGUAUUGUCAGUGAUACUGCCUUGGGAAUCCUGUCCGUGCAGAUGGCCACCUCUGCGCUGAAGCUGAGUUUGUGAGGAGAACAAGGAGGCUCAUCAGUAGAAGUGAGCUCUGCGCCAUGGUCUCCCUGCUGUAUUUCAGAAGCAAGCUCUGCACUGUGGUUUUCCUGCUCUAUAUCUGAACAGAGCUCUGCACCAUGUUCUCCCAGUAUAUGUUGGAAGCGAGCUCUGCUCCAUGGUCUUGUUGCUCCACGUCGGAAGAGAGCUCUGCUCCAUGGUCUUGUUGCUCCACGUCGGAAGAGAGCUCUGCUCCAUGGUCUUGUUGCUCCACAUCGGAAGAGAGCUCUGCACCAUGGUCUCGCUACUCUACAUUAGAAGUGAGUUCUGCGCCAUGGUCUCACUGCUCUACUUCUGAAGCGAGCUCUGCACCGUGGUCUCACUGCUCUACAUCAGAAGCGAGCUCUGUGCCAUGGUGUCACUGGUCUACUUCCGAAGCGAGCGCUGCGCCGUGGUCUCACUGCUCUACUUCCGACGCGAGCUCUGCGCCAUGGUCUCACUGCUCUACUUCCGAAGCGAGCUCUGCGCCAUGGUCUCACUGCUCUACUUCCGAAGCGAGCUCUGCGCCAUGGUCUCACUGCUCUACUUCGGAAGCGAGCUCUGCGCCAUGGUCUCACUGCUCUACUUCGGAAGCGAGCUCUGCGCCAUGGUCUCACUGCUCUACUUCGGAAGCGAGCUCUGCGCCAUGGUCUCACUGCUCUACUUCGGAAGCGAGCCCUGCGCCAUGGUCUCACUGCUCUACUUCGGAAGCGAGCCCUGCGCCUUGGUCUCACUGCUGUACAUUGUUGUGCAUAUCCUACUUCUUCAGCUGGGGUAUUACCUGUGUCUUAGUGUCCCCCAGUCAGGUCCUGCAUACUUGUAGAUUAUAUAUAGCUUACUCUGUUCUUUUCCCAUUGCUUGAUAAUCCAUGAUCUUUAGCUCUUAUAUUUGACUUAUUUUCUGAUUGUUAAAAUGGAAAAAAAAACAUGUAGUUAAGAACUACUGGAGCAACAGACUGCCCCCUGCAGGUUGCAGGUCCUUUACGUUGUUCACUGUCACUCCACAAUAUCUGGUUGGAAAAUCCUACACAGGCAUUUUUGUUUCUAUGGGAAGACUAAAAAAAAGAUUUAAUGAACACUAUUUUUUCUACUAAUCACAUAAUAUAAUUGUAUUUAAUUACAUUAGCUAAUUAUUUUAAAUUGAUAUUUGUCAUGGUUUACCUUACUGUUUCCUUUUUUUGUUUUUUUUAGAAGUUUAAAAAAUUAUGAAAUUUCUUCGGUCUGUUUGGCCUUUCACUCUGUCUCUAUACAUAUUGAAAUGGAGUUUAGAUUUUGGAUUCUUGCCACUCUCCCAAGACCCUAGCUCUGCAGUUACUGCGCUGCUAGGAGCCGCUGGUGGCACGGAGAGACUGUGGGAGCCCAGACUGAGCUUGGUUGCCCAGCUGUACCUGCUGCUGUAGCAGACAAGACGUUUGUACAUAUAUGUGCCCCCUGCACAGACUGGUAGGCUUAGGACGCUCCAUGACUUCUGCUUUGCUGUGACAAUGUGAAAGCGAUAUUGUGCACUUGUCAUUUCAGCUGUCUGAAUGCUAAUGAAUUGAUUGUACUUUUUAUGUAGCCUAAAUUUUAAAGCAGUUGGUAUAAAAUGCUUUUACUGUAUGCCUGAUGAUUAUGUACAAAUGAGGAGAAAGGGUUUUUAAUAGUUUGUACAAAUAAUCUUGCUUGUCUCGUCUCACUGAUGAUGAUGUGUCUCUGUAGGUUUUUUUUUUCUAGAACUCAUGUCACCAUGAAAAAUGUUGCCUAAUCAAUUUAUCAGUGAUUUUUCUGUUUUCCUCCCAUUAUUCAUCUUAACGAGAGAAAUUAUUUCUUGUUGUUUUAAAUAAAUGAUGUAUGUUUGGGAUGGUCA